CCUCCUCCUCCUCCUCCCAUACCAGCCGAGUAGCGGAUUUGCGAGGGAUCUCGGUGCUGUGCAAGCUCCCCGAGUGACCAACGAUCACGCAAGGCAUCGGAGACUCAGUGCGCACGGCGGCGGCGGCUCUCCACAACGCGAGGCAACCCGCAAGAGCCUCUAAAGAUAUUAUUUCUACCAGGAAUUGGACCCAAGCGCCAAGUUUCCGAUUGGAUUCCCCCCACCCCUCCUCCUGUGCGGCUACCUUGAUUCUGUCAUCAGAUCGACUGCAAAUCCUAUUUUCUCUCUCUCUCUUUUUUCCCUUUCCAAAGCAACGUUGACGCCAUUUUCCUCGGGAUUUUCUGUCAAAAAACAUAUACAUCUAUUCCGGCACCGUUUGACAGCUCCGCGGGAGGCUGUCACCUCAUCCGUCGCUUGCGUAAAAUGUGUCUAAAUGGAUUGUAAAUGAUCUUGAUAAAAUAUUUACACGUUAGAGCCGAGUGUGAGACAACAUUAGACAUGGACUGUCCCUGGCUUCGCUGUGUUCCUGUGGGACAAUCAACACAACCCCAGUAGCUGAUUGACAACAACCAACCAGCCCAACAGACUACUGCUUUCUAUUUUCCCAUUGGCUGGCUGCCACAGCUUCCCCCAUCCUGACUGGCUCUGGCGGGAGCGUGGAUGGAGCAAAGGGAUCUGGUUGGCUCAGCCCGACCCAAAGAGGCUGACCUUCAGGGAGGUAGGGUGGGGCCAAAUGAAGGGGACCAAGAAGGAGCAGGGGGCAUCGGGUUGGUGCGCGGUGAUGAUGUGAUUAACGGUGCCAUCAGUGAAGGGGAGGGGUUAGAGGAGCAGGGAGAAGGGCUAAUGGAGGAGCAGGAGUUCUCCAUCAAGGAAGCAAGUUUCCAGGAAGGAAGUCUAAAGCUGAAGAUACAGACCACCAAGCGCACCAAAAAGCCCCCAAAGAGCCUUGAGAACUACAUUUGCCCACCGGAGAUCAGGACGACCAUCAGACCUCCAGUUGGAGAGGGCAAAGGGGGGCGGCAGGGGCGAACAGGCGGUGGAGGAGGGGCGGGGCGGGGCCCGAAGGAAGAAGAACGAGGACCGCCCAGGAAAAGGACAUAUGAGCGCCAGUUCAGAAUGCCAGAGCAGAGAGAGGGAGGCCUGCUGCAACUACUGGGAGAUAACCCUCCUCUCAAGCACCAGCUUCGCAGCUCCCUCCAUCCUGCACACUCACUCUCACAGACACAGCAAACGCAGCACUCCCUCACGCAGAAAUUCCAACACCCUCAAGCACCCCAGCACCAAAUCAGUCCAGACUGGAUCCCAUCUACAGCACCCUCUGUAUCUCCAGCCCAUCCUGCAGAUUCUGAGCCAGCCCGAGAUUUGGCAGCAGUCAGCAGAAUCUCUUUGCUAGAUCCAACCCAAGCUUUCUCACGAACAGCAACACAAAGUCCCUCACCUCAGAGGUCUCUGACUCCAGACCUGCAGCUGCCAGUGGUCACAGAUGCCAGCAUUCUCAACCUGACCUCCCUCAGCAGGGGAAAGGGUUUGCAAGAGGUCAGUGAGCAACUCUUUGGGAACAUCAAGAGGAAGUACGGCAGGAAGGACUCCCAGAGGAUGCUCUGUAAUCCCCACAGUGCUGAUUCACAUUGGGGACAGCCAGAGAAAGGAUCAGAGAGCCCAAAUAAUUCAGAGGAGAGGCAGAAGUACAGGCAAGAGGAGACAGCUGAGCGGUUCCAUGAAGAAAGAGAGGAAAGGAGAAAAGAGGAACGAGAGCGAACAAUUGCUGGGAGGAAAGGAGAUGAAGAAGACCGAGGGAUGCCCAUGCUGGCAGAGGAAGCAAAAGGAAGAAAGAGGCGGAGAAGGCCUUCUUUUGACGAGUCAUUUUCUGUAGAGGAGCAAUCACAGCAGCGGACUCUGGACUCUGAUGCAACAGAGAAGCAGCAGCCUGGGUCCUUAGAACCCAGAGUAGCACAUAAGAUAGAGACUCACAAAAAUGAUUCUCGACUCACGAGUCAGGCUGAUGUCAGUGCAGAAAGGCUGGAUAAAGGUGACAAAAGAGAAAAGGGAGAGAGGGUGGACAGGGCAGAAAUGGGAGAGACAGUUACAAGUGGGCCUGACCAAGAGUCAAAUUUGAGUGCAAACAGGAUAAAAAAGAACCCCUUGGGUCGUCCUAGGAUCAGCGUAGACACCCUUAAACCCAGAGAGCCAACUCACAAUCACAUCAGCAAGCCCAGUCUCAACGUGAAUCCCAGAUUCCCUAGCCCAAACCCUAGCCCCAGCCCCCGGAGUAACAUCAGCCCUAUCCCCAGCCCCAAACCCAGGGCAAAUAUCAGCCCCAGUCCAAGCCCCAGAUCAAGAGCCGACCUGAGUCCUAGCUCUAGUCACAGCACCAGCUCUACAGUCAGUUCCAGACCGACCAAGGCCAAUGACAGAUGGUCCUACCUGAAAUCAAAAAACCAUGCCAGCAUUACAUCACCCCAGAGAGAAAAUCUGGGUAGCCUCGUGACCUUAGCUGACCCACCCUCUGCUUUCCCCAUUACCCCUUCUAGCCCACUGUACACCAACACUGACAGCCUGACAGUCCACACUCCAAUUAAGAGGAAACGAGGACGCCCCAAGAAACAGCCACUCUUAACAGUGGAGACGAUUCAUGAGGCCACUUCCACCUCACCUCCAAGCCCAUUGGCCCAGGAAACCACUGCAGGGCUAAAUCGUAGGAGAAAGACACACACACUAAACACUUUAGUGCAAAUGGCCUCCACGAUGACCAACGCCAGCACGCUCAAAGUAAAGCGUGGAAGGGGCCAUUCCAGGCCAAUGAAUAAGAUGAAGCUUGGGAAAAUGCAGAGCAUCCUGAAUGAGAUCUUUUCAGGAUCAUGUCAAAAUGGCACUCUGGCUCUGAAGUCAUCUUCUGCCCCUGUUACCUCAGCUAUGAGUGCCAUGGCAUCCACCAUUGAAGCUCGAUUGGGGAAACAAAUAAAUGUCAGCAAGAGAGGAACCAUCUACAUUGGUAAGAAGAGAGGGCGGAAACCUAGAGCAGAAACCCAAGGCUCCACCCCUCCCAAAACCACUAGGGACAAGCCAGUAUUGUCUGUCUCCACAUCGAGUCUCUAUGAGAGCCCUGUAGUGCCUUCCACCACCUCAUCUCCCAGCUCUAGUGCUCCAUCUAUAAGAACGAGCCACUCUGAUUCCGCUAUGCCCAGUUUGCAGCCCAUCUCAGCCUUGCCCUCUAAACCAGCAGGCAGGAGCUUUCUCACUGGGGGAUGGAAAUUGUCUCCGCCACGACUUCUGGCUAAUUCACCAUCCCACUUGUCAGAGGGGGCAUCAGUGAAGGAGGUGACUCUGUCCCCCAUCAGCGAGUCCCACAGUGAGGAGACUAUUCCCAGUGACAGUGGGAUUGGGACAGACAACAACAGUACCUCAGAUCAAACUGAGAAGGGUCAUGCCUCUCGACGAAGGUACUCAUUUGAUCUGUGUGGGUUUGAGGCUGCGGAGGCAGCAGCUUUGGAAGCAUCCAACAGAGGUGGCAGAACACGCUGCGAGCGCCAAGUAACGGCUGUUGAUAACUUUCUGUCACAGCAGGAAAAGAAGCAAAAGCAUCAUCGACGGAAGAGGAAGUGCCUACAGAGCCGGGAUCAUCUUCACUUUCUCUCUGAACUGGACGAGGUUGUGUUAAAGCUCCAGCAGUUACGAGUAUCUCACAGACGAUACACCUGCUACCCCCAGCAUCCCUAUCCUUCCAUUUUCCGCCUCAACUUCCACCAUUACUACCCUAUUACCUACGACUCCUACCCCUGUGACUCCAGUUCAUACCUCCGCAGGAGUGCUGAUCUGAAGGCUAAGAGGAGACGCGGUCGUCCAGCCAAAGCCAGCGAGCCAAUCACAUCGAAGCUGCCUUUUGUUCAAGGAUAUGGUUAUCCGCUGGCAGGGGGAAAUUACUAUGCAGCACCGUAUGCGAUGCCUUACGCACCUCCUCUGAGUCUGGGCUACUUUCCCCCUACUCCCCCAUUUUAUCUGCCCCACCACUCGCUAGGACCGGCGCCUCCAUCUCCCUUCAUGAGGCCUGCUGUGCCCCCUCCCAAAGCUUUCCACUCCAGCGGACACUCAAAAAUCCAGCCAGGCGCCAAGCUUUGCAGCACUAGUGGGCCACUUCAGGGGCCAUCUGUAAGGGGAGAGGGUUUGGGCUCCCUGGGCGGCAGCAGCGCAGGUGGUCUUGCAGGGGUUCGUCUCCACAAGAGGAAGCACAAGCAUAAACAUAAGCACAAGGAUGAACCUCUUCUUUCACCACGAGACCGGCAAGAGCUGGGAGGACUUUUCAGUGGCGCUAAGACCAAUGCACGUCUCAGCAUGCUGAGUGAGAGGAGAGACUUGGCCAGUCAGGGUUCUUCAAAGCUUCUGGACAAGCAGAGGGGCAAUGGCAGAGGCUCUUCAAACCUGGGAUCCAGCUUAGGGAUUUUUGAGUCUGACCAGCUGUCCUCACACUCUCUUGCUGACAGUCAGUUCCAUUCCCUUCAGACUGGACAGCCUAAAAAGAGCUUCAUGGGCAGCUACAAUAGCCAGUCACAGCGGUCAGAGUCAGCGUCUGACCUAUUUCUGGGGUCACAAGAGGACGAGUGUGGUGGAAGAAGCAGGAGGACGAGGCUCACUGUGUUUGGAGAUCAGGGCUUAAUGUCAUUCCAAACUGUGAGGCAGGAGCCAGGACAGAUGAACAAGUGUUCCAGUCCAUCCCUCACCGGUGUUCCCAGUAAACGGAGGUAUAAACGUCGUGAAGUGGAACAGAUCCAGAAGGACGUUAGGAGGAUGCAUUCUUUGAACUUUGAGCAUGUGCAGAAGAUCCUUCGUGCCAAACGCCUGCAGCGACAAGCCAAAACAGGAAACAAUGUCAUCAAAAGAAGGCCCGGACGACCCAGAAAGCAACCUCUGGAGGAACCAGAGCCAGCCAAGAUGAGGGAAGAAGAUUGGGCUGAGGGUCGAGGCUUGGACAUGCUGGCCAGUAGGAGAGGUGAUGAGAGGACUCUGGGGAUGCCUGUUCUGGAGAGGUGUGAUAACCUGCCAGGUAGGCAGAGCCUCAGGCCGAGCCUGACCCCCGAGCCUCUGGAGUACUCCAGUCACGAUUCCAUCUCAGCAACUAUUGAGACCGUGGUGCAUCAAGCGCGGUCUGUGCCUCCACUGGCAAAGGGGGGGAAACGCAAAGGCAGAGGCUUCAGCAGGGACGAAUCGUGGGCUCCAUCCAGUCAGUAGACCUGCAGGAGAAAGCACCUCCAGAGCUGGAGAGCGGAGCCAGUGUUUCAAGCCUAUCAGAUGCAGUGCCCUUAAUUUUGGGACUCCUCGGUGCACUUUGACUUGUUUCUCCUUUCUCAUUUGUCGUGAGGAAUACAGUGGGUUAGUGGUGGAGCAGGAGGAGGGAACACUUCUGGUGCCUCCCUCAGUUUGCUACACCAAACCAGACAUGGGCCUUUCAAAGAUUCAUUGGACCUUCAUUUACAAUGGCACUAUAUGGUACUAUUUGAUACUGAAUCUGAUGCUAUAAAACUGUGUGGUACUUAUGAUAGUGUAGGAUAUUAUGUGAUUCUUUAUGUAUCUGAUACAGUGAUGUGUAUGGUACUUUAUGAUACUGUAUCUGAAUGUGGCUUCAGCCAUAUAUUUACCAGCAAGGGGAGGGGGGAAUGGUUAAUAUAAAACUGUGCAGCUCUGCUUAUUUUUGCCUUUCUGAGGAAGCUUGUCAAAAACAUGGAAUAAUAACUUCAGUAAUUAAGCCACCUUACCCUAUUACUUACCCUGUUUUGCUAGUGUCCUUGCUCCCUUUGAGAAGUAACUGAUACUUCCUGGCAGCUCCUCACUCGUGGUCCCUCUCCCUGCUUGACACUCACCCCAAUUCUUUAGCCCUCCCUGGUGCCUGCCGCUUAAAUCCAUCCCCCUUUGUCCUCUCACCUAUUCCCACUAAUGUUUUACAUCUCCAUUACUUGAGCUCCCUCAAUCUACCCGCUGUGUCAUUUUUUUUCCUCUCUCCCUGCUCAGGCCUCUCCUGGGCAGUGACAUAAAGGCAAUAUGGUGGGUUAGACUGUCCCAGACUGUACAUAGAAACAAAGUCCACUGUUGCCUGCCUUGUACAAUGGGAAACCAGCUCAUAGAUGUGUACUGGCAUACAGAAUAUUAAAUAGAAUUGUUGUACCAUAGACAAUGAAAGUGUGUAUUGUUUUAUAACCAAAAAAAAAAAAAAACGGACAUGGGUGUGACUCAAGACAAGCUUGUUUUCAGACAAAAAGAACACAUGUAUUCAUUCAUACACUCAUUAUUGUGUUUAUAACCAGGGGGCAUUGCAUACAGGAGGAAUAUCAGGUGUAUUUUUGGUAAACCUUAAAAUUGGUUAAAUGCACUAUUUAAAAAAAAAAAAAAAAACAUACACUUGCAUCAAUCAAAUGCAGCACUUACAUGCUUGUUCCAGCCUUAUGUUUCGGCAUUCGAUGGUGUGGUUAUCCACCCCAGAGACCAUGCAUUAUUUUAAUCAAAUUGUAUAUGCAGGCUGCGCAGCCAAAAGCGUCAAAACGAAGCCCGAGUCUGAAUUGGACAGUUCAGCAGAAGAGGGCUCACAGUCAGUGUUUUGAAAAGCUAAUCCCAGUCUUUCUACUUAACAUAAUUUUCAAUCCAUAUCUUUGGAAAUAUUUUUGGAAAGUAAAUCCAGUAUUUAGAUUUAGAAACCAAAGUCUCAGUAUUCAGUGUAUAAUUUAAAAGUAUCUAAAUCAGAGUUUGACAAACUCUCCACCAUGUUGGCACCAAUGUAAAGCAUUCCUAUGUGCACUGUAGAAUGUAGCCAUCUUGGAUUUUUUUUGUGUGUGUCAAUAUGUUAAGCCUUUGUUAAACUCUAUCUACAGUAUUUGUGGCUUUGGGUAGUGGUUGGUAUUUUCUCGAUUAGGUAUUUCUGAAUAAUAAGCAAUGGAUCAGUGUUUCUUUGGCAACCUUGUUGACGUUUUAGUUUCAGGAGAUUCUGUUUUCUUUGGGCGGGGUGGGAUUCUCAGUUGCAGCAGUUCGACUUGUGCCUUAUGUUUCUUUCUCUCACCAAUUACCAUUUGACCUGAGGAAUAUGAAGUGGCAAAGAGUGCCCCAGACAAUGACCCAAAAUGUUCAUGAUUGUGCAAAUGACGUGUGUCUUAGUCAUGAGAACCCUGAAACUGCCAGUGUCCCUUCACAGCUUCCAUAGUCAGCAUCCUCUGUCACUGGGCACUGGUGUCUGGUGUCUCCCAGCUUCCUCCUAGUUUUUUCUGACUCACAUCAUCAUAACAGAGGUAGAAGGGCUGGACUGAAGGAGCUAUUAUAUUACUGUUUUAAAUACACAUCAUUUACUGACCUACAUACUGCUGUAGCAGCAGCGGUGGAGAGUGUAUCAGAUGUGUCUCUAUCCAGUGAUAUUGAUUGUACCCAGAGUCUUAGAUAUAUAAUUAAAGAUCACUUACUCUGCCCAGUAAAUAAUCAGGGAUAUAACUGAUUAUAUACUUGGCAAAGGAAGAACAGAGGAGGUUUUUAUGGAAAUCACGUUCUCGUACAUUGUUGUUUGCUAUGCAUCAGGCCAUGCCUGGCAAUGACCUUAAAAGGAAUUUCUGUUCUGGGUCCACCCUUCAACAAAGAGAAAUAAGUGGUCUUAUUUACUCAAUAAAUUGAAUUCAUGUAUCAAGAAUUGUGAAUAAUACCAGUAAUAAUUUGUAAUAAGUUGUGCAGAAAGUGACUAUCAUCUCAUGAAAACUAUAGUUACUGCAGCUCUAUGCAGUGCAGCCUUAACCAGAUGUAAAACUACAGUAUUAAUGUGUCUGUUGUAAAUAGUGUUAGUAUGUCCAUCCUGCAUGGAUGCCAGUUAGGCUCAGCUAUGCUGGGACUGUCUCCUCAAACCACAGUAGACCUUAUCUCUCUAUCAAGGCUGCUCAAGACCCAAGGAACUAUAAGUGAUUUUAAUAUUUGACAAAUUCCACUGCAUAUUGACAGUCACUGCUCCAGCCAGUUAAAUUACACAGAAUGCUAAAACGAUUUGCCUUACCACACUUUUGAAAGUUGAGGAUACAAGCCCCAACGUCGUGCACUCGACCAAAAAUAGGAAAUCCCGGCUGACUUGUAGCUACUUUGCCUGCGGCCAGCUUGGGCAGCGCCGUAGCAGUGAGUAAGUAAGAGGGUUGUUUUGUUCGGGGAGUUCUCAGAGGAAAUAGCCAAAAAUACACUCGCCCUAACGUUAGUGUGCUUAACCUUGCUUUGCUAGAUGAUUUUCAGUGGGUCUGCAGUCUGUUGUGGUAAAGAUGAGGUCUAGAAAUGUGGGGCCGUGAGGUGUAGAGGCUACACACUUGGCAGCUUACUCCUUCAUACUGUGGUCAGUCAGCGGUCUCUGAUGCUAGAGUUAAAGACCCCAGGUGUUGUCUGUCCUGUCUGUCUCUCCUACCAGCCAAUGCUUCGGUGCCUUCUAACACUGACAAGUAUUGUCCUAAUCCAGAGCUUUCACUCUACGCAGAGAGUGCAGAGGGGAUGUGGUUAUGUAUAGGGUUCAAGGUCACUGUUGUUGUGAUGUACUUAGCAGCCAAUCUGGACCAAUGGCUACAGGAGGCCCCUAAACACUGAUGGAAGGAUCUUUUACCUUGUCUUUGGUUAUAGCACCAAGGGCAGUGCAGCAGUGUUUGACCUUGCAUUAGUGGUUGGGGUGUAUUUACUGUCGUCCGCAUUUACCACUUCAACACAGCAACUACGAUGAGAGAUAAUGGCACCUAAGUUUUGAUCAGCCCUCAUUCCCUAUAUAGCAUGCCGCAAUGUGCAUCCUACACAUGGAGCGAGGGGUCACGUGGAACAGAGCCUCAUAAAUGUACAUGUAGUCAUCCUCACAGCAUACAUUACAUUUCUAAGCUAUAAUGUUGUUCGAAGCUGAAAGUGCAGAUGAAGCAUUGAGAAAACCAAUAAAUGUACUUCUUUAGAGCACAAAGUGAGCUCUUCUAACAGUGUGGGCAUAUUUUAGUUUGUAUACAUAGUGUAUUUGAGCCUUUUUCUAGAGUGGGUUUCCUUUAUUUGCAUGCUCAACUUGAUUGUAUGCAUAAAUAUUUUAGACAAGCCGAAAGUUGAAUUUGAAGGAAGACUUGUACAUUGUUUGAUAUGUUUCUUUUUGUAAUGAAUUUUUUAAUUCAUGAAACAUUUUUGUACAUUGUAUGAAUAUUAAAAACUGCAAAUAUUUGACAUAUAGAGUAAAUACUAGAGGCGCAUGCAUAUGCAUAUAUCCUUCACAGUAUGUAUGUGUAAAUGUACACAUAUAUUUUGUAUUUGCGUUUGCUGGCAUACAGAUAUGUGUCUUAAGCACAUAUAUACCUGUAAUAUAUAUGUAUAUCCAUGUCUGCUGGCAUGCUUUUGGUCAUGUUUAUCUUUCAUGAUCUUGUA